AUGUCAACCGCUCCCACUUCGAAAGAGUACAAAACAUUUUUGGACGUUGUCAAUGCCCGUGACAACUGCGUUUUCCCCAUCCUGCAGUGGGGUCUCCAGGUGCAUAUCGAUUCCAUCGAUAGGUUUUACCAUCUUGUCAUUCCGCCGGCUGAUCAAACUGUUAGGCUUGUCAUCCCCUCGGUUGUCUCUGCCUUUCGUGGUCGGAAGCUCGACGAGCCCAGCAGGCCAAGGACCUUAGCGCUUGUCGAUGGCACCGACGCCGCGUCGAGGGCAGCCAUUGUCGAGAAAACUCUGCACAAAUUCUGCGACGAGAAGAUGCUUGCCAUUCUGUCACGCUGGCGCAACGAGUUGAAGCCCAUCUAUGGAUCCAGUGGCGAGCUUCCCUUCAAGAUCGAUCGUGCUGCCGCACCCCUUCUCGGUGUCGUCUCGUAUGGGAUUCACCGGACAGCCUUCACUCGCAGUGACGACGGUCAUAUCAAGCUGUGGGUGCAGAAACGCUCACAGUCCACUGCAUUCUAUCCCGGCCACCUCGACAAUACUGUAGCUAGCUCGACUAUGCCCGAUGGCCAACUGCCUCUAGAAGUGGCGAUCCUUGAAGCGGGAGAGGAAGCGACCCUUCCUGAAGAUCUUGUGCGCUCUAGAACCAAGUCAUGCGGAACUGUGACGUAUAUGCAUCUGCACAAUGCCCUUGCUAUCGGCGAGGUCGGUCUUGUUCAGCCACAGGUUGAGUACUUGUUUGAGCUCGAACUGCCGGGUGGGGCUGAACCUAAGCCAUGCGAUCACAAGGAGGAGUGGAUCAAACUUUUUGAUGCGGAAGAACUCAUAGAGAGCAUCUUACAAGGCAAUCAUGCGUUGCUCUCGAAGCUAAGAUCAUAUGUCAAUCAUCUGGACAUCCAGGUCACGUCAAACCGGGUUACGCUAUGGUUGCUCUAA